UCACAACAAACGCUGCUAUAUCUGCCGAAGUUGGAGGGCAGAUUGCCGGGACUUAGAACCCAAUCUUACAAAUCCUGAGAUACUAUGGAAACCUAGAGUUACAUACACGGGACCCACGCUGAGAAGAGCCGAUCUUUAUCGCGGGAAUCCUGCAGGCACGGGCCUGGGCGCUGGUUGGUCAGAUGCAUGACGCGGCAAGCCCCCGUGCUGCGGAUGCAUUACGGCGGUAUAGAGUGCUGAGCUAUAUGAAGGCGAGAUGUAUGCACAAUGACAAUACGGCUGAAUAUUGUAGUCUUUCACUGACAUCCCUACAACUCGCUCUUCAAGAUGCUGUCAAUGGCAAAGUGUAGCCUUGUGUCGUGGACUCUCGCACUGUCCGCGUCCAGUGCUUUGGCUCACCCGCUGUUCAAUGGUCAACUCAUCUCUCGUGCAGACCAGCUGCUUAGCGAAUAUGACUACGUCAUUGUUGGUGGAGGUGCAUCAGGGCUGACAGUCGCAAACCGUCUGUCUGAGCAAGCUGCUAUCACUGUCCUUGUCAUCGAAGCUGGCCAAUUCGACCAGAACGAAGACUUCGUCACCAUUCCUGGGCUUGCUGGUGGAGCUGUUGGCACCAAGUAUGAUUGGAACACCACUUAUGCGCCCAGCGAGUACCUCGGUGGCCGCAGUGUCGCAAUUGCUCAAGGAAAGGUUGUUGGUGGCUCUACGAAGUUGAACCGCAUGGUCUUCGAUCGCGGUUCAAAGUCAGACUACGAUGGGUGGGAGACUCUCGGUAACCAGGGAUGGAACUGGAAGACUCUGCUUCCCUACUUCAAGAAGAACGAAAUCUUUUCCCCACCCAUCGAUGCAAUCAAGAAGGAGUACAACAUCACCUGGGACGAGAGUGCACAUGGAUACAAAGGUCUCAUGCACUCAACCUACUCCGCAUUCAUCUGGCCUCUGACAAAAAACCUGAUCAGAGCCGCUGCCAGCCUCAAGAUUCCGACUGCAAAGGACCAGGCAAACGGUGGUGCCAUUGGCGGCUACAUCUGCCCUCACAAUAUGGAUCCUACCAACUACAAGCGCUCGUCCGCUGAUGAGGCUUACUAUGACACCGCAGCAACAAGGAAGAACUUCCACCUGAUCGCCGGUCACCAGGCGACUCGGAUCUUGACCAGCACUAGUGGUACAGUCAAAGCAACUGGUGUUGAGUUCGCUGCCUCAUCAGGUGCAGCAGUCCAGUCUGUAAAGGCAAAGCGAGAAGUCAUUGCCGCCGCUGGAACUCUUCAUACGCCACAGCUGUUGCAGGUGUCUGGCAUCGGUGCCCCCGCGCUUCUCAAGAGCAUCGGCGUGCCCACCGUGGUCGACCUCCCCGCGGUUGGCCAGAACCUUCACGACCACGUCUAUGUAAUGACCGUGAACGCUCUCAACACCACCAUCACUCAGAGCACCAUCCUGACCUCAAAUGCCACAUUCGCCGCCGAAGCCCGAGCCCAGUACGACUCCCAGAAGCGUGGUCCCCUGACUUCGCCCACAGGCGACUUCCUGCUCUUCCUGCCCGUCUCGACAUACACCAACGCCAGCGCGGCCAUCCACGCAGCAGCCGUUUCCGCCUCCGCCUCCGCCUCCCUUCCAUCUGACGCUCCUCCCGAAGUCGUUGCCGGCUACGCAGCGUCGUACAAGUCGCUUAACUCCAAGCUGCUCGCUAAAGACUCCGCCUUCCUCGAGAUUAUCUGGGCAGACGGCGUCACGUUCCACGGCCUGCAGCACCCCUACUCGCGCGGUAGCGUCAAGGCGUCUUCGAAGAGCAUCUUUGACGCCCCUAUUGCUGACGCAGGCUUCCUCCGCAACCCUCUCGAUAUCGCGCUGCUUCGCGAAGCUAUUCGCUUCGGCCGCAAGCUGAAUGCCCAGCCCGCUAUUACGGAACUGAACCCCUUUGAAGCCGUGCCUGGUGCGGCCGUGACCUCCGAUGCGGACAUUGAUAAGUACAUCAAGGACAGCGCGAGUACACUGUGGCAUCCCGCUGGUAGCUGCAAGAUGGGCAAGAGGAACGAGGGUGCUGUUGUGGACAAGAACCUGAAGGUUUACGGAAUCUCGGGACUGCGCAUUGUGGAUGCAAGCGUGAUCCCGAUGCUACCUGCGACCCACACAAUGACCACAGUGUACGCAGUUGCCGAGAAGGCAGCAGAUCUCAUCAAGGCUGCUCAGAAGUAGAUUCGGGGAUUCAGAAGUUGGCCGACAGAAGAAGCCGUCAGUACAU